AGACUGUGAUUGCAGACGACGAAUCUGUCACAUUGGUCUGCUGACUGCUGUGUGCUGUCACUGAUCAUUUCAGUGAAACUUCUUUUUUUUUUAAACUUUCAUCGACUUUCAUAAACUGUUAACUUUGAUUUUCAUUAACUGAAGUUGUCAAUCAUUACGGAAUUAAGAUUUUACCACUUUGAGCAAGAACUUGUAAGAAAACAACAGAAAGUAAUGAUUUUGUCGUCAGAACUCAGAACAACCAUAGUGGAACAACGUUACAUCUUGGAAUAUAGUUAAACAUGGAGCAAGUUCACGUGCCGGAUUGUGAGAAGAAUCCUGCGGACUGCAACUGUGAAAAUGUCUCAUGGAUUUGGGCGAAAUCCCCCGUUCAAUGUGAACCUGUGCGUCGUGGAAAGUGGAUAGUGUAUUCUGACAAGGAAGAUGUCAAUGAAAUUUGGGGGGAAAUCAAAACCCUCAUCUCAGAAAAUCAAUUAGGUAAUUGUGCCAAGGUUUCGACAGUCGAUUUUCUAGGCACACAUUUGAUUUGCGUGUACACUUGUGACUAUCAAGACGUGCAAGAUGUUUUUCGAGUGCUUGUCAUAUUACGUCGGAGUCACCAGAACCAUUUCGUGAUGCGUUACCAGCGUAAAGCAUAUACAAAUUUGGGUAUUAAAAGAAAAACUAAUUUGUAUAAAUCGCUGCCUACUCCGACAUUCUUCGGUCCGACAGGACGAACUGAAAAAAUCGAAAUGAUUCGGAAAAGUACACUGAUAGUAGCAGAUCUAAGAAAAUUCGCUCGUGACACGGAAGCCACGAUCACCUUUUACGAUCCACCGAAGAAACUAAAUUUAUUUGCUGGCGGAAGACGACAAUUCGGCCUACUCCGAAUAAAUGAAAAGCCUCACAAUCCGGAUUGUAGCAAGCAACCUUUAAAUUGUAAAUGUGAAGACAUCCCGUGGAUACACGAAAAACUACCUGGCGCUGUCCAACACGUUCGUAGCGGUAAGUGGAUGAUCUUUGCUGACAAACAAAAUGUGAUUGAAAUUUGGGAGAAAGUCAAGAUGCUUCUCCUUGCCUAUCAACUUGGUUAUUUUGCCAAAGUCAAAACUAAAAGUGAAGCAAGUAAACAUUUAAUUUGCGUGUACACGCAAGACUUCGAAGAUAUUCCCAAUGUGUUUCGAGUUCUAUUGACAUUGAGGCGAAAUUGCUUGCAAAAUGACACAAUUUAUUACAAGACUUGCGAGGCUUCACGAAAAGGAGUGUACGCAACUGACGAAAUGGCAAACAAAUGCGGUUUUCCAUCUGCACCAAAGUUGAAAUCUGGCCAAAGGGUUUCAAUGUAUUAUUCGCCUCCCAUCUCCUUUGUCAGCAACGAAAAAGGAAAUACUGAAGUCAUCCAGUUAAUUUUAAAUAAUAUUGGGCCGGAAUAUCGAAUUGGUCUUGUGGCCGAAUCGAGAAAAGAUUCGGGUGAAUCCGAAGCAAAAGAAACCUUUUACAAUCCGCCGCAAAUAUUGAAUGAUGCCAUUCAAUAUGCCAAUCGUCAACAACUGUUGUUGUUGCCAUUACUUCCUUGCAAAUAUCAUUAUUUGAUUAUCAAGGCAUGGGGUUGCAAUAGUGAAGAGAAAUUUCACAAGGGGAUAUGCGAUCGGCAACCAAAAACAUGUCAAUGUGUCACUUGGAUUUCCGCUAGUCGAAACGCAAGAAUCAAUCCGAUUUAUACUGGAAAAUGGAUGUUGUUUGCAACAAAGAAACAAGUUAACGAAAUCUGGGAAAAAUUAAAAAUUCUUCUCGCCGCUAAUCGACUAGGAACGAGAAUCAAAGUUUCAACUGUCAAAUUUUUUGGCAAGUAUUUCGUUUGUGUCUACACCAAUGAUUCUGAAAACGUUCAAGAUGUGUUCCGAGUUCUCGUUACAUUACGACGGAAUCGCUUGAGUUUGGGUUACCUCAACUACAAGACGCAUGAAGCGACGCAACAAAAACUUUACACCAACGCUCAAGUGGCCCAUAUGAAUGACUGCGAUUCAGCAAAAGAGUUGGAACCCGGAAGAAGAAUGUCAAUGUAUUGUUCACCACCGACUGGUGACGAUGUGACAGGAGCCAAUGAAUUAAUUCAACUCUACUUGAAUAACAUCGGGCCUGUUUACAGAACAGGCCUUGUUGCGGAAUUGCGAAAAAAUUCAUCCGACAUUGACGCGGAAUUAAAGUUCUACAAUCCACCACAAAUGCUUGACAGUACGUUAAAUUUAAAAUCCAGCCUACUGGGUCCGAUUCCAACUGUCUAAAAAGAUUUCCCUGCAGAUGCCGUUCGCACAGCUUCACUUUUUACUCCGCAACUGCUUCAGCUCUUAAGGUCCGGAAAACGGUAGUAAGCUUAAACUCGAGGGCUCUCAUUAUGUGAUUCAUGUGAUGGUGCCUUUAUUGACUAUGAUUAACCCUCUCCCGUAUCGUGUAUGCCUCCAUAAAUUUGAAUCGGUAUACAAGUUUACCAGUCAUCAGUCUUGAAUAUUGACUGAGUUGGUUUUUCUCUUC